GUUCGGCCACGUCCCUGUCCACGUCGCGCCCGCUCUCGCCAUCUUCGCAGCUUCCUGUCUGUGGCCGCCGCCGCCGCCGCCGCCGCUGCUGCUGCUGCCUGAGCCGCUGAGCCUGGGGCCGCCGCGCAGACCGCCGCCGCCAUGAACAUCUUCCGGUUGACCGGGGACCUAUCCCACCUGGCGGCCAUCGUCAUCCUGCUGCUGAAGAUCUGGAAGACGCGCUCCUGCGCCGGUAUUUCUGGGAAAAGCCAGCUUCUCUUUGCACUGGUCUUCACAACUCGUUACCUGGAUCUUUUUACUUCAUUUAUUUCAUUAUAUAAUACGUCUAUGAAGCUUAUCUACAUUGCCUGCUCCUAUGCCACGGUGUACCUGAUCUACAUGAAAUUUAAGGCAACCUACGAUGGAAAUCAUGAUACUUUCCGAGUGGAGUUUCUGGUGGUCCCUGUGGGAGGCCUCUCGUUUCUAGUCAAUCAUGACUUCUCGCCUCUUGAGAUUUUGUGGACCUUCUCCAUUUACCUUGAGUCGGUGGCUAUCCUGCCACAGCUCUUCAUGAUCAGCAAGACCGGGGAGGCUGAGACCAUCACCACACACUACCUGUUCUUCCUGGGCCUCUAUCGUGCUUUGUAUCUUGUCAACUGGAUCUGGCGCUUCUACUUUGAGGGCUUUUUUGACCUCAUCGCUGUGGUGGCCGGCGUUGUCCAGACCAUCCUAUACUGCGACUUCUUCUACUUGUACAUUACAAAAGUACUCAAGGGAAAGAAGCUCAGUCUGCCAGCGUAAGUGCCAAAGACCAGGGCCGGCAUCUGUCCUUCAGGGCGCUCGGACAGAGUUCUUCUUACCACAGCACAGGCACAAGAUGCUUCAUAUGGAACAUCAGAAACUUAACUCUUUUGUUGCAGAUAGUCAUCUAUGGCUCUGUAAGAACCCAGAGGGAAAGAACCAGAAGGUUUCUGUUCAAUGCAUCUUGCCUUAUCUUUUUUUAUUACUAUGUACAAAGAUUUUUUUACACAAAGAAACUUAAUGCUGUAUUAAUAAAGUCAGUGUGUAGCUUCAUUUGGGGUAGUUGCAAAAGUGGAGACUUUGUGAGGAAUAAGUGCAAACUUUUUAAAAAAUUCUUUGAAAUUGUUGAUUCUUUGUGUCUGCAAUGAAAUCAUACUCCUUGACAGUUGGUAGAUUAUAUAUUCCUCCAUCUAUCAAACUUGCAUUCCACUAUAUUUAUUUUUUUACCAAAAGAUGAGUUAUCUUUGUUUGAAAUCUGAGACACUAUGUCCAGUUUGGUACAUCUGUUCCAAUCACUUCCCACCUGAUGUGGAAAUCCUUCCUGGGACGUCACAACACUACAUUUAAGGCUGGUAAGGGUGACUUGCAAGUCUGAAGGUUUUCAUUACCAAAAUUUUAAGAUUCUGAAUGUCGAUGGAGUCUCGCUUAAGAGUCACCAAAGGUGCCUGCCCUCCUCCCCUGCUAAGAGGUGUCAGUUUGAGACUGUCCCAAGGCUGUUAAAGAACUCGGUGGGCAGGGGCUGUGGGCUGCCUGCUGUCUGAGCGUGAGGUGCAAGAAGCAUUCGCGAUUAUUUGGGAUCCAGGGCUCCUCUGAGAAGCGGAGCACAAGUACUUACCUGUCACUUUCAUUUAUAGUUGCAAAUGAUUACUACAUCCGUGUCUAGGCUCAGAUUCAACCGACUUUUCACAUCACUUUUGGAUAGCAAAUGAUUUCCUUUUUUUUUUAACUGGCAGCACCCAUUGCCAUUCCUUUUACUUUUUUUUGUUUUUUAUUUUGUUUUUACUGAGCUCUUGCAUGAUUUAUCUUGUGUUACCAUCCUAAAUAAACAUUUUACUAAACAUAGAA